CAAUCUUGCUUUCCUAGUUUCCUACUAUUCUAUUCAGAAGAGAGUGACAAAAAUCUUUUGUGUGAAUGUAAUCAGAAGGAGUAUGGUUCAAUGGAAUUGAAGCUAUGUCAAUCCUCUCUUCCAUUGCCCUUUAAACCUUCUUCAUUUAAACCUAACUCCAUUUACAAGCACUUGACCUUACUUCCUAAGAGGUGUAAAUAUCAAAUUCAAGAGCUUUUCUCAAAGGGUCAACACUUGAACAUUUCCAAGCAAUUUUUGAUUCAUGUGGUGAAAGACAGGGAUGAACCGUUGACUUCAAUUUCAAAGUUAUAUGGGGUGCCUAUUUAUGAAAUUGCUGCUGCAAAUAAGGAAAUUAUUGAUGUUGGCCUUGUCUUUGAGGGCCAACAUGUCAACAUCCCUUCCUAUGUUACACCUCGCUCACAAACGAAUCAAAGGGAGAAGAUUAGAUUUCCUAAAAUCGAUGUGUCUGAAACAAACCGGCGCUUCAAACUCCGUGGCGAAGAUGUCAACCACAAGAUGUUAUAUGUGCUUUCAUGCCGUCAUUUACCAUAUGCUAAAACCAGUGGUUAUUUUCUGGUUCUGGUUCCUCUGAUAGGCUUUUGCAUCAGAUGCAUAAUCAAUGCCUUUCACCAUAGAGUUACUAGAAAUAAAUUGCAAGAUGUUCGUCAGGCUUCUGGAAGCAUGAGAUGGAAAUCUGCUCUUCGGGAUUUGAGCGAUCCAGAUGCAUCAUAUUCUGAUUCAAGACCUGAAAUUGAUAAUGUCACCGAUGAUAGAGAACAUCUCCAACCUGAAGAGCUUUCACGUGCUUAUGCAAAACUGGACAACGAUUAUCAGAAGUUCCUGUCGGAAUGUGGGAUGAGUAAAUGGGGAUACUGGCGUGGUGGUUCGUCUGAAUAAGAAUUCUGGAGUAUGAUUGUUGAAUAACAAAUUACAAUUGCUCUCCAUUUAUUGAUGAAUGUAUAUACUACAGGUUAAUGGUGAAUGUAUAUAUCAGUUUGUCAAAUAGCAUUGCCUAGAUGAAAUAAUGGAGAUCUAUUGGAGUUUCCGCUAAUUCCUUUCAUCCGUAAAUUAAGAUUUCUUGAAAAAUAAUACCGAGCUUUUGACCAAAA